AUGCAUCCUUGGGUAGCCAUCCUGGGCCUCCUACUCCUGCCCGAUGGUGUAACCACUUACUAUCAAGUGACUGGAGUGGCAGGUCAGAAUGUCACUCUACCCUGCUACUAUAAUGGAGAAGUCACAAAAAUGUGUUGGGGCCGAGGGGCAUGUCCUUGGUCUCAUUGUGGAACUAACAUCAUCUGGACUGAUGGAUACAGAGUCACCUAUCAGAGCGAUGGACGUUAUCAGCUAAAUGGAAAUAUUCCUGGAAGGGAUGUGUCUUUGACCAUAAACAAUGCUGCUGUGUCUGAUACUGGCUUGUAUUGUUGCCGAAUUGAGAUGAGAAGGCGGAUCAAUGACAUAAAAACCACCCUAGAGUUGAGGGUCAAUCCAGCUCCACCUACAACAACAACGACCACCACCACUACUACUACAACAACAACCACCACUACUCCAACAACCACCACCACUACUCCAAGAAGAACCACUACAAGAAGGACUACUCCAGGAAGAACCACCACUACAAGAAAGACAACUACCACCUCUACUCCAAGAAGAACCACUACAAGAAAGACAACUGCCACCACUACUCCAAGAACACCCACUACAAGAAAGACAACCGCCACCACUACUCCAGGAAAAACCACCACUACAAGAAAGACAACUACCACCUCUACUCCAAGAAGAACCACUACAAGAAAGACAACUGCCACCACUACUCCAAGAAUACCCACUACAAGAAAGACAACUGCCACCACUACUCCAGGAAAAACCACCACUACAAGAAAGACAACUACCACCUCUACUCCAAGAAGAACCACUACAAGAAAGACAACUGCCACCACUACUCCAAGAACACCCACUACAAGAAAGACAACUACCACCUCUACUCCAAGAACACCCACUACAAGAAAGACAACCACCACCACUAUUCCAGGAAGAACCGCCACUACAAGAAAGACAACUACCACCUCUACCCCAAGAAGAACCACUACAAGAAAGACAACUGCCACCACUACUCCAACCACAAUGGUCACCACUGCUCCAACAACCACCACCACUGCUGUGCCAGCAAUAAUCAACACCACUAUUCCAACCAUGACAGUCCCCACUGCUCCAGUGACAGCGAGGUCCUCUACUUCUGCACUUCCAAUGCCAGCACCCAAAAAGGACGUCCAGCCAGCUUCUUUAUCUUCUCCAACUCAGACAGCAGAAACCCAGCCUGCUACCCUGUAUGAAACAAACAUAACCAGCUCACCAUGGCACUCUUGUUCAACAGAGGGAAAUAGCACUGUGACCCAGUCUCCAGAUCCCCAUUGGCAUAACAAUCAAACUGUUGCGGUGCUGGCACAAGAAACAUGGAUGAGCACCAACAAGGGAGUCUACAUUGGAAUCUCGGUUACUAUUUUGGCACUGUUGGUCAUGUUUGUGGUUUUCUGGAUUAGUAGAAGAUAUUUUUGCCUGGGUAGCAAGGCAGAGCUACUACGUAUGAUUCCAUUGAAAGAUUCUCACAUUGGAGCUUUGAAAAAUGCAGCUCUGAAGCCUAUCCAAGCAGAAGACAAUGUGUACAUUAUAGAUGACUAUCAUUAA